AUGUUAUAGGUUAUGUAACCAUAAACAAAUAUUGCAUCAGAAAAGUUAUCUGUGAUAAAUAUAGUCUGAUUUUUGUGCUUACAACGCAAAAUUGUACCUCGGAAAAAAGGGUGACGGCGUCGAGGUUGGCUUGGCAGAAUCGGUUUGUCGAGAAUUAUCAGCUCCAGUGCUCAAUGAGGGGCGCAAUAUCACGCUAGAUAACUUUUUUACGAGUGUUCCAUUAGCCAAAUUUUACUCUCAAAAUCGAACGACAUUAGUCGGUACAAUCAAAAAAUCACGCAGAGAUGUUCCAGAAAUUAUGAAACCUAGGCCCACUCGCGAGAAACAUUCUUCAAUUUUUGGAUUUUAUGAGGACAUUGUAAUGGUCAGUUACGUCCCCAAGAAAAAUAAGAGCGUAGUUCUAAUCUCAGCGACACACGAUGACAAAGCUAUUGUUCCUGAGCUGAAGUCAAAACCAGAAAUUAUUAUCUACUAUAAUAAAACUAAAACUGGAGUUGACACAAUGGACCAAAUGGUGCGCACUUAUUCCACAAAGCGCCAGACUCGGAGGUGGCCCCUUGCGUUUUUUCUCAACAUGCUUGAUGUAGGACGUGUGAACGCUUUUAGAAUAUUCGAAACUCAGCACCCUGCCUUACAAUGGCACCGGCUCAAAAACUGCAGAGGAAUCUAUCUACGUAAUUUAGUCGAUCAACUCAUCAGACCGCAAUUAGAAGUCAGAAAUGCUUGCGUUUUACUUCGACGCGAGACUCGCAUCGUCCUAGAACUUCUUGGUUACGAAACAGGGGCUGCAAAUGAAAAUAGAGAUGUAGGAGAUGCACCACAAAUCAAAAAACGUAAAAGGUGCCAUAUUUGUGUAGCAAGUAAGGACAGAAAGUGCAACAAUAAAUGCCACCCAUGUGAUUCUUUUGUGUGCGGUCAGCACAGUAAACUUGUUUGUAACCGAUGCAUAUAAGUCACUAAGUUUUAGUUCACUAUUUUGUUCCUAUAUUUAUUUUGUUAUAACGUUCCCACCAAGUAGAGAGCUUUCUUGGAUUCACCAAAUUCUAGAGAUAAUUCCCCUAUAGUUAAUUUUGAAGACAUGUGUUGGAACUGGAAUUCCAUUUUUCCUACUUGACUUAGAUUUAGUUCUUUAUUUUUCUCUUUUUAUCUUGUUACCACGUUCCUCUAAGGAAAGUAGUAUUCUAAAUUUUACCAAAUUCAGAGGCAAUUUCUAGUUGUAUUUGAAGAUUUUUGAACU